AUGCAGUCAUUAUAUUAAAUGAGUCCAAAAUCAACUUCUAAGAAUAGAUAACAAUUCUAAACUUGUUUUGAUUAUAAUGAGUCACCAUUUUUAAGUCCAAAAGUAGAAUCUUUUGAAUAACACAAAUAUAGAGUUAGAACCUUAAAACCAAAAACUUUUCUUGAUGGUGAUCUUGCUAGAGUUAGUAAAUCAAGAAAUGCUUUAUGUACAAAUACUAAUGAAUGUAUAAAAUGUAAAGGUGAGAAAGGAAGUUUAGCAAUUAAAUUAUGCAAUUGUUUAGAUACAUAUUACCAUAUAAUUUGUAUCCUAGAUUAUGCUAAUCUUCAUCCUAAAUUAGGACUUAAUUUAUUUCGAUGUUAAAAUUGUAAUGAUUACUUUCCAAUUUAAAUCAAUGAAAAGUAUAAUAUUUUUAUAAAUUAUAAGACUGAGCAUUUCAAAUCUAAAUACAAAAGAAAAGUUUGUAUUUUUAAUGAGUUUUUCUUUUUUGUGUUCAUUGAUUACACUAGAAAUUAUGGUCAUUGCAUUGUUUGAAUUAGAACAUAUGGAUCUAAUUUUAUUAAUAAUACUAAUAAUUAUUGAAUUAUUAGUAUUAUUAAUAAUAAUCAGUAAAUUUUAUCAUUUAUGUUACUUAAUCGAAUAUGAUAUAAAAGAGUUUAAACUUGGACAAGAGUAUAAUUAAUCUUAAUUGGAAUUGUUCACUCUUAAAAUUGUUAAAUAGCUUUAAUAUAAAAGAGCAAAGAGAGUAAUAUUUAAUUAAGAGCCAUGA